UUUAGACCGAUUGCACGUCCGGUCUUAUAAGCAAAAGUUGUCCUGAGAGAAUCUGUUAUACUGUGAAAAGCGUUAAAGUUUUAUUCUACUUACUGUCCACUAUACUGUAACUUACGCCUAAAAUGUCGGCUACAGUUUUUAUUUUCCUUGUCACGGUCCAGUGUAUGCACUUGGCACAGACAGCUUCCCAUACUAAGAGAAGCUACGAAGACCCUACGCCUAUCAUAUACCCUGGCCCCGUACAAAUACCAACCAAUCGAUAUAGUGACGAUGUAAAUACGAAAAGUGACAGCGAGCCUGAAGAGUGCAAGGGCAAGAAUUACUGCACUAUUAAACCCCCGGACUACCCAGAACAACAGUUCAAUGAAAUGUUCAAAGGAUACAAACCAAUACCUCAACCGACUUUAUUAGCAGAUGACACACCGGAUCGGCAAGGCGAUCCCAGCGAAGUAGAUGACUGCGACACCACUGUCACGUACGAACCCUUGUAUAAGGUUCGCAGCGUUCGUGGAGACAUUAGAACUGUCAUACAAGCACCAAAACAUGACUUCGUGCAAAGAGUGCGCCUUGAAGAAUGCAAGAGCAGAAAUACAAAAUGCUUCAAAGAGUUCCCGGACAUAGGCAUUGAAACAUUUUGCAAGCAGAAAUACAACACUUGGGAGGUGCUAGUAUCGGAUGGAAAAGGUGGCUCCGAGAAAAUCAAAACUCAUCUACCUGUCUGUUGUUCUUGUAAUUAUAGAAUAUAAUACACGUGUACCAUUUGCGUGUGUUGUCGGUCACAUCGGCGCUUACGAGCGAUGUCACACAAUGCGUUGCGUUGGCGUUGCGACGCCUGUGCGGUUACAUAUAAAUUACAAAUACGUGUCACAUGGUGCGUUGAACGCAUGCGUAUCGGACAAAAGGUCAGAAACGAAGCGGGGAAGGGUGCUGCGGUGCGUAAGUAAGCGGCGUUACCUUGCGACACCGCAUGGCACUCAGUGCAUUGAAUUUUCUUCCGUGAUUGAAAUCAUAGCGCUGCGACGACACAACGCACCGGCAGCGCCCGUGUGGAAUCGCUCUUUGAUCAUUUAUGACUGUGGCCAAGCGUUCGUCUGUUUUACAUUAAAAAAACUUAUCCCUUAUUUAUAUAAUAAUUAUUAUCUUGAGCAACGAGACGAUCACUGAGAUUACACUCUCUGAAGAAUAUGAAAGUUUGCUUAAAAUUUAUUCCAGGAAUGAAAUUUAUUCAUAGAAAAAAUAGACAAGAACAACAAUUAUAGAGUUCUCACGUUUUCGCGAUUGCUUUAAUAUUUUUUCCGGAUUGCAUUAGCAUCACUCAUAUGUAUAAGUUUUUUCCUCAACAAACCUCUUUAUAGGUCCCAUGGUCACUGCUAAGAUAAUAAAGUCAUCAACCAGUUAUGUCUAAUAUUAAUGCAAACAACUCUAUUAUGGACUACAGUUACGAAAAUACUAAAACUACCUUAUUUUUAAAUGACUAUGGGACAUAUCAAACUAGCUUAACGAGUAGGUACAGAGAAAACAA